AUGGCUUCGGAUCUCCUAAAACUUAGGGCAACUAUAGUAGCGAGAAUCAAAGUUGCUGAACUGAUACAGGACUUUGAUGAAAUGGCUGCAGUUGUCAAAGAGUUGGUUGAACUGGAUCCAAACCUCAACAAUGAAGAACUAUACUGGUUAUCGGUUGCAUACAAGAAAUGUGUAAAUGCAAGACGCAACUCAUGCAUUACCGUGAACAAUGCACUAAUUAAAGAACAGGAGGCUGGUAACAUGAAAAACGUUGACAAAGCUCAGAGUUUACUAGAGGUUAUUCAAAAUGAAAUUCGGAACUACUGUGAAGAAAUUCUUGAUCUGUUGGAAACGAAGCUACUACUACACGCUGAUACAGACAAUGCGAAAGUUGUAUGCUGGAAACUGAUGGGUGAUCACAAUCGUUUUCUGGCAGAAAUUGAAACGGGUGAAACACGUCAAUUAAUAUUAGAAAACGCAAACAGGGCAUACAGUUCAGGGCACGAAUUGGCGACUAGUUCGUUAGAAAUAGCGCAUCCCCUACGUUUAGCUAUAUGUCUGAAUUACUCCAUAUUUAAGUAUGAAUUCCUAAACGAAUACCAAGACGCACAUAAUAUGGCUACUAAUGCCUAUAACGAAGGCAUAAAUGGUAUUCGCACACCUGGGGACAAGGAUGGUGUAAAAAGGCUUGCAGUAACUACCUUUCUACAUGAUAAUUGUUCUGCGUGGAUUGAUUCUAAAGAUCUAGAGAAAAAGAAACCCGAAGAAACUCCAGAGGACGAAAGUUUAGAUUCGGUUGCAGAAGAAAACUCGUAA